UGUUGUUUCGGGUCACCCUGUUCGCCACAAUGAUGUCAACAACAAACCAAAAUCCAAGCAUGAAAAAGAACUCUCACCAAGAUUGAAAGUGGUGCCUCAAAAUGAAUUUCUUCUUCGGCUCGCCGGCCUCGGAUCCGCCUCCACCGACCGUUGCCCCCUCCUCAAGCAUAGCGAGUGUCCCGCCCAACCCUUUUCAGGCCGCCCCGUCCCUGUUCGCGCCUCCGCCUCCCCUGCCCCCGCCUCCCGCUUACGGCACGGCCGUCGGCAAAGCCAAUGCUCCUGCCCCUUCUAGCACGCCUUUGGCCUCGCAUGACAGUUCAGAGCGAGAUUUGGUGGCCCUCCUCCAAUCCCAGACCUUUACCGAGCAGGAUCGCUUCAAUGUCUUGGAUGCCCGUGAUAAGUUGAUGCGGGUGCGGGGCCAAGACCGCCACCUAGGCACGGUGCUACGCGGCACAUGCCCGGAUAUUUGCCCCGAGAAAGAGCGUUACUCGCGCGCCGUCAAGAAUCAGUUGAGGAGCUACGAGAAACUGGAGGGAAGGCUGAACCACAAGGCCGCGGUCAAGGAAUAUUCUCGCUCCUCCGCCGAUCAGGAAAUUCCUCUGGCCCAUGAUCUGCGGCCUUCGGCGGUCUUGGAUCGGAGCAUGAACCACAUUUUGGCUAAUAUCAUUGACCGGGUUGAGAACCAAUGCGGCACCAUCGGGGAAUGGUACGGUCAUGUGGAGCACGGGCGAGCGUUGAGUCCGGGCGUGCCCGAGAAUAUGGGCGAUUGGUUCGAGUUCGUGUGGAGCAUCACCCGCGGCAUCCGGAAGGAUAUCACGCAACAGAUGUUGCGGGAUGUGUUGGCCGUGAAUCUGGUGGAGAAGUGCGCUCGAUUGCAUAUCAUGUGUUCGGAACGGCUCAUCGAAGAGAGCAGUCAUAACUUUGAUCGCAAGUUGAACGACGAGAAUCUCACGAAAUGCCUUCAGACCUUGAAACACAUGUAUGAGGAUUGCACUUUGGAUGGCGUGCGAUGCGCCCAUGAGCCCGAAUUUCGGGCCUAUGAGGUGCUGAUGAACUUGAACCAUGGUGACACUUUGCGGCAUGUACAGAACUUGGAUUCAUGGGUUCGACAGAGCCCGGAAAUCUUGUUCGUGGUAAAAGUGUUCAUGGCGUUGAGCUCCAACAACUACAUCAAGUUCUUUAAGCUCGUGCGCAAGGCCACGUUGUUGCAAGGGUGCAUUCUGUUGCGAUACUUCUACCAGGUUCGAUUCCGGGCCUUGCGCACCAUCCUCAAGGCCUUUUGUCCGAAUAUGAAGUCGGAGGUCAAUUUCAGUCUCACCAAGUUGACCUCGCUUUUGGGGUUCGAGGACGUUCAAGAGUGCAUGUUCUUCUGCCAAUGGCACGGCUUGACCUCUGAGGUGAAUGAGGACAGGAUUGUGCUCGAUCGCCAGAAAUUCAUCAUCCCGGAUGAGCUUCCGGUGGUGAAGAGAGCUCGAAAUCUGAUCGAGUGCAAGCGAUUGUGCCCGUGGUCGCAAGUGAUCAAUAACGAGCCUUUGGGCCCGAACCCGUACCUGUCAUAUCGUCCGCACGACAGUUUUGAUGCUCAAGGAUUCUUGAAAGAGGAGGCGUGGCAGGCCUUAGAUCAGAGACCCAGACAGAUCUCACUCAGCCCGGAAGAGACCCAACGGAUGGCACGGAAACGCAUGCGAGACCUCCAGAUCCAAGUCUUAUCGCAAGAAACGGCUCAGGAUAUCAUUGAAGAUGUCAUGGUCGACGAGAUGAAGAGAGUGGCAGAGUUCGGAAUGGAACAUUUGAAGCGCUUGGAAGUAUGUGAAGUGGUAGCCAAAGAGACUAUGAACGGCUUGAUUCAAUCCAACAUCAAUUUAGUUAGCUCCGAAGCCUUGCGAGAGAAGAGAAAUGAUGAAUUGCAGCAAAGACUGAUCAAGGAGGCUCGGACCAUGGACGAGGAGGAAUUAGCUCAGGAGACUCUGGAUAAGUUAGUCGACGAGUUGAGUGCGGAUGUGGUUCAUGAGGCCAUUAUCGUGGUCGAAAAGGACGAAAAGGUCCAAAAGUUUGUCUCCAACGCUCAUGACCUCAUUGAUGACCUGUGUCAAGAGGUGGUUAAGGAGUUUGCCCAGAAAAUUGCCAAGGAACAAUCUGGCAGAGCUGAAGAAGAACGAUCAGAGGCCAUUGAAAGCAUGAAGAAUCGUGGUGUGGCGAGGAUGAAGGCCAAAUUCUUCACCAAUUGGCGCAUAUGGGCGCGAAGACGAAUGAAACGGGCUCAAAUCCUGAAACAUUUCCCUUGCAAGCCUAGUGAUUUCACGUUGAAGGAACAAUUGAACCUCCUGGGACCGAGUAGGCGUGUUCAAAAUGCAAUAGAAGGAUAUGCCAGACAGAGCUUGACUUCCAAUUUGUUGCGAGCUCAAGACAUCGAGGAUCAGUUGCUCCGAACCCUGAUUUUGGAACCAGUGGAUCUUGUCAAUAUCCUUGGACCCAAGUUGACCCAACUGCACCAGAAGAAGCUCAACUUGGUUUGGAAAGGCGUCCUAUGCACCCCUCUUCUGGACCCAGACUCGACCAAUUGGAUCUUCUUGGAGAUGGUCAAAAAGAAGCUGUCUCGAAAUCCAAAACAAGACGUGUUGGCCAAUUUCUCUGCCGAAUUUGGGUUCUGUCAGUGUUUGUCCUUGUGCAUUCGACACGUGAAUUCCGAGACGCUGGAUGAUACCAUUACCAUGAGUGAGCAUCAAAGACGCGAGUAUCUCAAUGGCACAUCCGGGAUCGUGUUUCUAGAUCUAAGUGCUGAUGAAACUUUGGAGAGGGCCAUGCUACGGUUGAAGCUCAUCAUCGAGCAGCUCCCACAGAUCCCAAAGGUCCCCGUGGCCGUGAUAACCGAUCGGAAACAGGACAACUAUGAUGGUGAAAUGGGUCUGAUCUCAUUAAAAAAGGAGGGUAAAAUCUCGUUCUUUCACGUGAUCCAUACGUCAUCGAAUAUUUUCCAUUUCGAGUCCCCUCGAUCCGUGGAUCAAGCUAUUCGUCAUCUGUCCGAAUUCAUUCCCGAAAUGUGUCUCCAAGAUUUGACUUUCCAGCCUCUCAAGGAUCUGGUGGAAGACUUCGUUUGUGCUCAAGUGAUUGUGCCUAUGUAUCAGAACCAAAAUGAUCGCAAAAGGAAAGACCUCCCACAUCAAGAGCCCAAUCUCCUGAUGAGUUUAUUCAAUUCAGCCUUGGAUCACUUGGUCCGUUCCCUAUGCCAAUUGGAACUCACCGAGAUCUCGUGGCCUCCUCCAGAGAUCCACAACUCUUUCGAGCAACCUAUUCCAAGUUAUUGGAACGACUCGAUUUACAUAGACGCCAUCUCGCAGACCUUGAAAGCUUUGAGACUCCCAGAGAUAAGAAUAUCAGAUGUUGCUCUUUCUUGGGAAGAGCGAUGCCAUGAGAUUUACAGCUAUGUCCAGAAACAAGCACCUCCUUCAGGAUUGACCGCCUCUCACAGUGUUUUAAAGCGACGCUUAUUAAGACACUAUCGCCAGUUUCACUUCGAAAAUAUCGAGGCCUUCGAAUUUGGUCCAGAUCUGAUGCCUUGGGUGGAAGUUGUUCACACAUUAAUCCAAUUGCAGUUAUCCAAAUUGGACCUCUCGGAUCCGUUUGAUCAAACGAAGGACUCGGAGGCAGUGGUAGGGCUUUUCAAGACCGAUGUGAACGAAUUCCAGCCUCCCAAAUCUUGGACGGCUUCCUUGGGAUUUGUGCCGGAAAACAAGGGCCAAACCGUCCAGGAUCAGGUUAACCAAAGCUUGAGCCGAGCCGUUAAUGAAAGCCUUUCGGGUCUGAGCGCGACAUUAUCGAACGAUAAACUUCAUCGAUCCAUUCACGAGGAACUGGAAAACUCGUCGCUCUUUGAGACGAAGUUAAAAGAAGCCAUGAACCCCAGGAAAAGACCCAUGGAACUACAUGAGACCUUGGACCAGGUCCAAGACACACUUACUAAGGACCCUAGAAUGAACUCGACCAGACCUAGAUACGAACCGGUGGUUGCGUAUCUGAGUCCGUCUUUGGGCCAACGGGCAACUGCCUUAAAUCGAUGGACUAGAGUCGAUAGUGAUGGGGUUGAAAGCUCCGUUGGUCUAAAAUCGCCCCAAAGUGCCAAAAAGCGGAGAAAUCUGUUUCAAGAACAAUGCUCAGAAUCUCCGGAAGUGCUCUCAUCGAGCUCUCAAAGCAAACGGCCUUACAAGGACAGUAUUCGGAACCUCCAGGACAAAAUUGAACAAGACCUGAACGCCAGUUAUGAUUUUGAGCAGAGACUCCAGGCCGCCUUAAACCACUCCAAAUGAGUUGUAUAUAGAAUCGAAUCAGUUCCUGAAAUAGUAUACAAAUACCCCGUGGGUCGCAAAUUCUUUUCUGUUUUAAUGGGAUGCCAAAGAUUUUUUUCUUCACUUUUCACUGUCAAACAUUACGAAUUGAAUCCAUUAAAAAUGGAUGUCCUGGCAAAUCAUGCCAUCCAGUUAUUUCAUCUAGUGCACCUUUCGUUCCGCAUUGGUAAUUGUUAGUCUCGUGCCUCCGUGUUUCCUAUUUCAAGAGAGGUUAUCGACCUAUUCCAGUGGAAUACACCAAAAAAUUCGGGGGAAAUGGAACCAAUUGUGAGCGAUUCAUCUCAAUCAGACGCUCCAGACAUCUACUUUAAAUCUAAAUGAAGCCUUAACACGUGAGCUGAGAACCGGGCUCACAUCUGAAUGUAUCUCUGGAUGGAUUAUGAAAGCCAAUAAAUGAUGGUGUGAAUGGA